UGGCCGGCAUUGUUGAUGGUUGAUAGUGCUGUUAUUGUUGAUAAAAAUCCACCACAGCCAGUCUUAUACUAUCUUGAGGAUGAGCCAAUUGAAUCUACCGCUUAUUUGAUGGGUAGAAAUCCACAUCGGCCUUUUAAAAGGGAAGAAUUAAUACCAAUCAAUGUAAAUUCUUUGGAGUAUCCUCCAGAUAAGUUUAUGCGGAAAUACCAUCCUACUGGAUAA